AUGAGUGGAAAGGUAUUUGCAUUUCUGUGUUUCGUGCUUCUUCUCGUCAUUUCGUCAUCAAAAUCGCAGCAAAAUUCCACCAACGAAAAUGAUAAUUUGACGAUACGAUACCAGAUAAAUACGGAUUCUACAACAAAUUAUAACGACGAAAUAAUAACACUGCGACAUGAUUUGCAUAAAAAGAUUAUGAAUAAUAUAGAAAAUGACAAAGAAUUUCAUACGAACGAUAAUCGCGAGGAUAAUGAUUUGAUUCAACAUAAACGUUACAAACAUUCAAUGCACAAUAAAAAUGAUGAGCAAAAAUCGAUAAAAUCUAACACGAAUUCGACAAAUGUCAAUCAUAAAAGGAAUUUCACGGCUCAGGGAGUUUAUGAAAAUGUAAUUGAAAAGAAUGAUUCCAUGUCACUUGAAGUCCUCAAAAAUUCCAGCAAAGAUGCUAAUGAAACUAUCAUCGUCCCAAACGAAAUGUGUCAUAAUGAUACUUGCAUUCGGCUCUGCUGUCCUCUUGACGAUCGUUUGGUUCAUGGUUUUCAGUACGAUUAUAAGAUUUUUACCAACGGUUCUGUUUAUUUACCUCAUGAAAUAUUACUUGAAUCGACAUUAUAUUGUCUCGUCGUCGUCGACGGGAAUGAGUUCGAAGUAACCAUUUGUUCCAAAACUUAUGACAAGAUCAAGGAGAUUACUGAUAAUAAGUCUAUGAUUUAUGACAAACAAAUUAUAUAUUCGAGUUUUCAUAUAGUAUCUGUAUUACUUUUGGGGUCAGUAUUUCUGGUGUAUUCCAUAUUGCCAGAACUCCGAAAUGUACACGGCUUUAUGUUGCGCAAUUACAGCGGUGCCCUGAUUGUUGAUUACAGCCUUGACAUUGUGAAUGUUAUGAUCAGAGCGGAUGAUAUACCGUAUUCUGUUUGCGUUAUAAUAACUUUCUUACACUACUUUUGUGCUUUGGCGAGUUUCUUUUGGCUAAUUAUGAUAAGCUUUGAUAUGUGGUGGACAUUCAGAGGAUUCAAUUCGUUACGAAAAAACGUCAGACAACGAGAAAAAAGAAAGUUGAUGUAUUAUACAAUCUUUGCGUGGGGAUGUCCUUUUUGUUUGCUAUUUUAUGUGUCAGCUUGGAUAUUCUUUCUGCGUAUGUACCACGGAUUUUGCGACCGGAAUUUCAUUUAUAUUGCUGGUUCAUUGAAACUGGUCCGUUUGUGUUGUAUUUAUAUGGGCUCCAAAGUAUGUGCGUCAUCAAUAGCAUUUGUUUAUCUAUUUAUACGGCAUUAAAAA